AUGGCGGACGAGGUGGCGCUCACGCUGGAGCCCGGCGCGGGCGGCGGAGGUCCCGCGGAGCCCGGCGGGGAGCCGCUCAGCAAGCGGCAGCGCAGGGACGGCCCGGGCCCGGGGCCGGGGGCGGAGCGGGCCGGCGGGGCGGGGAGCCCGGGCCCGGAGGCGGCGGCCGCCCUGCUCGGGGAGGCCUCGGACGCGGCCGCCCCCGGCGGGGACAAUGGGCCAGGCCCGCGGGGCCUGCGGGGCCUGCCCCGGGAGCCGCCGCCGCUGCCACCGCCGGACGACGACGACGACGACGAGGACGACGACGAGGCGGAGGAGGAGGAAGAGGGGGGCGAGGACGAGGACGAGGCGGCGGCGGCGAUUGGCUACCGAGAAAAUCUCUUCAGUGAUGAAAUUCUUGCCAACGGCUUUCAUUCCUGUGAUAGUGACGAGGAUGACCGUGCCUCUCACGCAAGCUCCAGUGACUGGACUCCCAGACCUCGAACAGGUCCUUACACUUUUGUGCAGCAGCAUCUCAUGAUUGGCACAGACCCUCGGACCAUCCUAAAGGAUCUGUUGCCAGAAACAAUCCCACCACCUGAACUAGAUGAUAUGACACUAUGGCAGAUUGUUAUAAACAUCCUUUCAGAACCACCAAAAAGGAAAAAGAGAAAAGAUAUUAAUACAAUUGAGGAUGCUGUGAAGUUGUUGCAGGAGUGCAAAAAAAUCAUUGUUCUCACUGGAGCUGGGGUAUCUGUUUCCUGUGGAAUACCUGACUUCAGAUCAAGAGAUGGUAUUUAUGCACGCCUGGCAGUAGAUUUCCCUGACCUCCCCGAUCCUCAAGCAAUGUUUGAUAUCGAGUAUUUCAGAAAGGAUCCAAGACCAUUUUUCAAAUUUGCAAAGGAAAUUUAUCCUGGGCAAUUCCAGCCAUCUCUCUGCCAUAAAUUUAUAGCCUUGUCAGAUAAGGAAGGAAAACUACUUCGAAACUACACUCAGAACAUAGACACACUGGAACAAGUUGCGGGGAUUCAGAGGAUCAUCCAGUGUCAUGGUUCCUUUGCAACAGCUUCUUGCUUGAUUUGUAAAUACAAAGUGGAUUCUGAAGCCGUACGUGAUGAUAUUUUUAAUCAGGUGGUUCCUCGAUGUCCCAGGUGCCCAGCUGAUGAACCACUUGCCAUCAUGAAGCCAGAGAUUGUAUUCUUCGGGGAAAACUUACCAGAGCAGUUUCAUAGAGCCAUGAAAUAUGACAAAGAUGAAGUUGAUCUCCUCAUUGUAAUUGGGUCAUCCCUGAAAGUAAGACCAGUAGCGCUGAUUCCGAGUUCCAUACCCCAUGAAGUGCCUCAGAUCCUGAUUAACAGGGAACCCCUGCCUCACCUGCACUUUGACGUGGAGCUUCUGGGGGACUGUGACGUCAUCAUUAACGAGCUCUGCCAGCGGCUGGGUGGGGAAUACAGCCGGCUCUGCUGCAACCCGACAAAGCUUUCAGAGAUCACAGAAAAGCCGCCACGAGCCCAGAGAGAGUUUGGAGCUCACUGGGUAGGACUGCCCCCCACGCCUCUUAAUAUUUCUGAAGACUCCAGUUCCCCCGGCAGAACUUCCCCACCAGACUCGUGGGCAACUGAGGGGAGGCCUGGGGAUACGGAGGAUGGGGCCACAUCAAGGAGGGGCUGCAAGGCAGAGAAGCCAGUGCCAGAGGGGCGAGCAUCUUCAGGACACCCUGCAAGUAUUACAGAACAGCUGGAGGAUCCUGGAGCCAACAGUGGGGAGAAUAGAGAGAAAAAUGAAAGAACUUCCGUUGUGGAAACACUGAGGAAAUGCUGGCCCAAUAGACUUGUGAAAGAGCAGAUCAGUAAGCGGCUUGACGGUAACCAGUACCUCUUUUUACCACCAAAUCGAUAUAUUUUUCAUGGCGCUGAGGUCUACUCAGACUCUGAAGAUGAUGUGCUGUCCUCCAGUUCUUGUGGCAGUAAUAGUGACAGUGGAACCUGCCACAGCCCAAGCCUAGAAGAACCUAUGGAGGAUGAGAGUGAGAUGGAAGAAUUCUAUAAUGGCUUGGAGGAGGAUGCUGAGGUUCCCGAGAGAGGCAGACCUGGCUUUGGGUGUGACCGAGAUGAGCAGUGUGCAGUUAACGAAGCUAUGUCUGUCAAGGAGGAGGCCGCUGAAGUUGACCAGUCAUCGGACAGAUUAUAAUGUCAUCUUUGCCUGCUUACAGGAACUUUUCCACCAGCAUUAGGAACUUUGGCAUGUCAGAAUGAAAGUUUCCUUCUGAACUUAAGAGAGCAAGGAAAACUAUAAGGGUGUGGUGUUUAUAGACAGUUAAACCAGAUUUUCAUGUAUAAUUUUUACUUUUUCAGUAAUUCUAUAAUUAUACACUCAACACUAACUUUUUUAAAAGAAAGGUAAGGUACUAAGUAUCUUUAGUUAGCUAUUAGUCACUAUGUUCACUUUUUUCCAAGAUCCAUUUUGUGUGAUAAUGCAUCUGUAUGUAUAUAUAGUUUUUUUGGGGGGGGGGUAUGGGGGGGUACCUAGUGAAUUUCAGCAUUUUAAAGUUUUCCAAAAGCCAUUGGAUGUUAAAUUAAUAUAAAGGGAACAGCUAAUCUAGACCAAAGACUGGUAUUUUUCACAAUUUUUUUCCUUUGUAACAUUUUGAAUGGUUGUUUCACACCUUCAUGCUUCUGUUCUGCUAAAUUUUUAUUCAACAAAAUAGCCCCCCACCCCCACCCCUUUUAAAAAACACUGGCAUUUUCAAAGACUUUAGUGGCAGCUAACUUUAAUUUUUGGUCUCAAAAACAUAUAAUCUUUGUAGAUUGAAGCUGAUGAUAACCUGGGAAAGCACAGAAAGUCUUUGCUUUCAUAAGACAUGGGGCUGAAGAGAUGAUAAGGAAUACAAAGAAGGCUUUUUCAAAUUUCCUGUGGAUGGGUUAGCAUUGUCUGUAUUGGCUCAUAAAGCUAACGUGGGAAGAAAAAAAAAACUUCGUUAAAAAUGCUUUGGAAAUGUUUCAGUAUGAGGUGCCUAGCUGGAUCCCCUCGGUUUAGAAGAUAUCUUACCAUUAUUGUGUAAAUACCUAUCACUGUGGUACAGCUUGCAUUGGUCCUUUCCAUAAACAUUAAACUGCCAAGAUGUGAAUAUGCAAAGCUUGUCUGAAUCUGUAAUAAUGGUACUUCUAACAGGGGAGAGUAUUCUCUCUCAUCUAUAUCUAUAUCUACAUAGAUAAACACACACACACACACACACAUAUAUCCAUAUACACAUAUAUAUAUAUUUUUGGACUGCUGUUUUCCCUUCCCCAAAUACCACAGGAAAGUGACAGGAAGCUGAUUAUAAUUCCAAAGUAAUGCAACAUUCAGUAUAGUCUGCCAGAAAGUAUGCCUCUUGGAGGUCAUGCACAGCUCCUAUUUUUGAGGAUUUGGUAUCACAGAAAUGCCAAUUUCUAAUCUAAUAUGACGGAGAGCUUGCCAUGGUGCAGAGGGUCCCUAGCAGUGUAGUCAAUGAAUGGAACUAGUUCCUAUAAUGUAGCUUUGUUUAAAUGUCAUGUAGCCUGCCUUAAAACUACAUUUCAGUUCCUCAGCUACAGAUCUUCCAGCUUUCUGAAGUUCAUAUUUUAUAAAAUUGCACAAUAAAGCAUUUAUUUUCCAAACCACUUUCUCAACAUGACCCAAAAACUACAGAUUAUUCAUACUUUGCUUUAAUAUUUAUUACAGUGUUUAGUAAGGGUUUUGAAAUUGUAGCUGUUCUUUAAGUGUAAGACACCAAUUAGAACCAUAACUGCCAGGGAAACUGAAAUUUGUGUUUUAAGAAUGGACAUUUGUUAAACUAAAAAGAUGUUGGCAUGUUGUCUUGAAGUCUAAAUUCUAAAAGUUUUCAGACCUCAUUUGCAUUUGGUUCCAUUAAAGAAUGCAGUAUGUUUAGUUUUCAUUUGCAUGAUACAAUGUGUUUGUGCUAUAGAUGAUAUUUUAAAUGGAAAGAUUUGUUUUAAAUUAUUUUUACAGUGAGGAUUGUUUUCAGCUCUUUUUAUAUUGUAUAUAUAUAUAUAUAGUGUCUUUUAUGUAAUCUACUGACAUAUGUUUUGUAGACUGUUUAAAAUGACUGGCCCCCUGCAACUUUUGAAAUACAAAACCAGUGUUUUAUACUUGUACAUCCUGUUAAAGUCUAUUAAAAAUUGUCAUUUGACUUUUUUCUUUCUGUUAAAACACUUGCAUUUUUCCAAGUAUACUAAUUAAUUGAUGAAACUGAGGGGUGUUCCCACCUCUCCUUGAGUAAAUAGCUUACUUUAAACAGCAAACACCUUGGUAUUCCUAAACUGUUCUGGACCAUUACAGCAAGAACUUCUAUUAGGUAAAGAAACUUAGGCCCCCUCAGGGAUUAAAUGGAUGUCUGAUUUUGAUUAAUGGAAGAGGCAGGACUAGAACCCCGGUUUCCUAAGAUUCCUCCCCAGGGCUGCCACAUCUCUCCUGUACUGGCCUAGAAGUGUCAGUCUCAGGGAAUGAGUGUUAAUGCCAGUAUCCCAUUUGUUCUAAUGGCACCUUCAAUUUAACUAUGAAUGAAGCCGAGUUUGACAUACUAGGGGAAGAUAGUGCAAUGGAAUAGGGGCAGUGGAAGUGCCUACAACUUUAGGACACGGAAAAGUUACUUUGGGAGAGGGCAUUACUGUGGCUGCCAUUCAGCAUAAGAAACCAGCUAAGCAAUAUGGUGUAUGGAGUAAAAUCUGAAGGUGUAUGGAAUAGGCCUAGACUCAGUGGUCACCUGCCAAUGCAGAUCCCAGCUCCAUAAGGCUUGCCCUUUUUUCCCCACACACCACUAAAGAAUAUGCCCACAUUCUCAGGAUCCAUCUCUCUCCUAGAGAUUGUCUGUUGGAUGUGUUAUAAAGUUAUUGUUCUUGGUAACAAAAUACCCUUGCAACCUGCUCAUGCCCACCAUGCCAGCUUCUUCUAAGAUGGGAAAAUACUGGUUUUAAAAGAGAUGGGCUUUUGUAGUAGAGAACAAUUUGGAGUUACUAGAAGUACCGCACAGUUUUCCAAACAGUCCAGUUUGAUCGCUGCCCAGCUCAGCACACUAAUUUGUGUUCAUUGUUAGGGACUGAACUGGCUCACCUUUGCACUGUUAUAUUAAAAGGUAUUAUAACUUACCUGAAAGAAAUGUCAAAUAUACUUUGGAUGUACACUUUAUGUUGAAUUUAUGCUGACUACAUUAGACAAAUAUAGUAUAUAAUUAAUUUAAUAAAUAAGCAUUUCUUUUAAAAUAAUUAUUUAGCUUCUACUUUAGGUCUUACCCAGUAGUGUGGGACAGACACACACACACACACACACUCAUUCGCACAACUCCCAAGACACAAAUGAUCCCUUAUUUUUUUAAUUUUUAAAGUUGAUGACUGAAAAGUGAUCAAUAAAGCAGAAAACCAUGCUAAUCAGAUAAGCUCAAAGAGACAUCAUUAAGGUGUUACAAGCAUUUACAGAACAAGGAGUAGGUGGCAGAAACAGGGCUGCUUCAAGGUCCCUCAGAUGGUUUUUUAGAUUCAAACUUAAAGAACCCUAGGAAGCCCUGGCCUAGACAGAGAAUCUGAUGGAUGAAGGAGGAAGCUGGGCAGUAACCAACUCCUCCCUUCUCCAAGGCUCUGAGCUGGCCUGCCAAAAGAACAAACCCAAGGGUGUCACUUGAAGGUUGUCUCCUACAGAUGGCUUCAUUGGGACUUACUCCUGGGAGAGUGGAAAGAGACCAGGAAUAGCAAUCACUGACACUUUAAUAGUUUCCAUUGCUAUUUAUCAUCUAGCAAAUGCUGACCAAUAGAGCUCAGCCUGUCUAAAUUAUAUUCUGAGCUGGACCCAAAAUUGGAAGGGCUAUGGGCAGCUAGAGGACAGAAGAGCACUAAAUGCCUAAGGAAAAAGAAGGGAAACAUGAAGGUAUUUAAGUUGGGAGAUGAAAGAGAAAGAUAUGGGUAAGGGACGGCGGGAAGGUAGGGCCCAGGAUUGUGCAUCUGCGUAGACUGUCUAAUGGUGGUAUGGGUCAUCCAUACCAUGAUCCCUGGAAUCAAGGGGCAAUCUCAUUGGGGAGACAAAUGGGAGAAAAUUGGGUCCUAAACUCUAGUAUUACUUGUAUAUAAGCCAUUUGGAAGGUCAGCAGAGAGUCAGGAGGUGGCCACUGGGCAUAGGGGCUUUUCUGGGGCAAUAAGUGGAAUAUGCUUUUAAUUCAGAACUUGCAAACUGUCUUCCUUCCAUUCACUUAGUAUGAAAUAAGUAUUUAUGUAAAAGUGUUGGAAAUAACAAGUAUCUUAAGUCUAUAUAAAGAAGCUGGCCAUGAACUGGAAAAAUGCCAGUAAGUGUGGGUCCUUAUAUGUGCUAAUGAGAGCAGGAUGGUUUUCCUGUCUUUGGUGUAAAUCUGUUGAUAAUAAACUACUGUUAAAAGUUUUUGAAAUUGCACUUCUGAUAUUAAAAUAUUUUAAUUUAA